CAAAUAUGAGAAACGUACAACUUUAAUCUAUCUUAAUUUUAUAUCUUACUUUACGAAUAUAUAACUUUUUUUUUGUCAUUUCUGUUAUUAUAAAUAAUCAAUCGAAUAUUAUUUAUUUAUGGAGAUGCAAUACGAAUAUUACCAAUUAUAAUUCACUAAAACCAAACGUAGAGUAGAUAACGAUGAAACGAUUAACGAACAUUGCCAAUCAAUGAGUAAUCGACUUUAAAAAAAGAGACACGAGAAAAUCGAUAUUGUUAUGAUCGUAGGAGAGGGCAAUGAAUGACGCGAUCAUUGGGUCAUGCCUUCUCCAGGCCCAUGUUUUCUUCAUUAAAAAAAGGAUUAGAAGACGUAUUUAAGCCUCUUUUUUAGGUGACCGAAGGAGAUCCUGUACAGGAUGGAAGAGGACGUAGAUAAAAAAGAAGAACAAGAAGUUGCAGAGAAACAACCCUGUUCUUUACCUAAUUCAGACGAACAGCUUACAUGUUCUCUUUAUCUUUCCUGCAACGGUAUUCCUCGUGCUUCAUUAUAUUCGUAAUUAUCAAAGAUGGAGAAACUCUUCGGUCCCGAUUAGAAGAAGCUAUCGGCGCUUACGAGCCUUCAGGUACAUGGCAAAUUUCUGAAACUUCUUGCGGCUUUAUUGUAACGUUCGAUCGUGAAACUGACCUGGAUAAUUUUUUACAACGUUGCGAUUUUACACGGCUUUUUGAAGGACCCGUACAAGUAGCUCGAUUUGCUCCAAGAGAUACUCGAUAUCGACAAGCCGUGUUACUUCGUGAUGUACCUUGGGCAAUACCACUUCAAGAUUUAAGCUCUGCCUUGGCGAAGCAAGGAAUAGCGACUGGAAUUAUCGAGAGAUCGCGUCAAUAUGUUCGCGUUGAGCUUUUGGAUGUGGAACAUUACGAACUUCUAUUAAGACAAGGAUUAGAUUUCUUCGGUGCUGCACGAUUCAGUGCUAUUCCCGAACGAUGGUGGCGUCCUGGAACUGGAAAUGUAACUAUGCCACCAAUACCUCCUGGUAAUUUCCCUCUAGGACAUCCUGCUGAAACAUCGAAUCCUCAUCAAGGCGAUGGUGUACUUCAGUGCUAUCGAUGCCAAGGUUUUUGGCAUGUAGCUGCUAAUUGUCGACAUCUUCCAAGAUGCGUUCGCUGUGGAGAACCUCAUAGCGUUGAAUUUUGUCCAAGGCCACGAAAUAGUCCUAUCUGUUGUCACUGUUCUGGUCCUCAUCAUGCGGGCUACCGACAAUGUCCUGUAAGAUUGCAAUUAUCCAAUGCUACUCCCAUCAGUAUCACUUUAAGCACGGUACGAGCCGAAGGUCAAUAUUCGACAAAUCCUGCCAAUAAUAAAUCAACAGCUUCUCCUCAAGGAUUGCAAUCAUUAAAACCAAAUCAUUCCUAAG